UUGUAAAGUUUUGCAAAGUUUACGGAUGUAUUUACGUUCUCCGUGUACAAGGAACUUGUAGUUACAUUAUAAUGUUUAUCUAACAUUGUUUGGCAGAGAACGGUCACCACCAUGCCUCCAAAGCGAAAACUAGACGGAGGAUCAGGAAAAUCAUCAAAAACCCAGAAAAAGAGAAACCCUGUGAACACUAGUGAUAAUGACAUUACCAUGAUUACUGACGCAAAUCCGAUCAAUGCUGACUCAAGUGUUCUUACCGGACAGUCUACCACCGCCCCCGCUAUCGAUUAUGACAAGUUGGCAGCUGCCAUAAUGAAACAAUCGGCAAACAAGCCAUCAACAGAUUCGGAAACAAUUGGACCCCAACAGGAGCAGCAAACCACUGCAGUUUCAACACAGCCUCAGUUGUCUCCUACAGAUCAAGGUGCCAGUACAUCUGGCAUUGGGGCCAUUUUGGACCAGGUGUUUUUAGGAGGCCUUCAAAAUAGCUCCUCACUUGAAUGCAGACCAGACUGCAAUUCCAGUAGAACUUUUGAAAAUUUGAGUACUGUUUGCCAACAGCUGCUAGCUUCUGCCUUGUCUCCGUCAUCGGCUCAAGCUUACAGACGUCAGAAUUUGUCUGCUGUCACUUGUUUCAGAGAACAGAAGUUGUUCUACAAGAAGGCCAUAUUGUUUGUAUGUCCUUUAAUUGUUUGUAAGUCCCUGCUUUCAUCUAUUACUAAAAUGUUAUGA